CGAUGCUGUGAGCCCUGGGGCUCCGAGGGUGGCUGCUGCAAUCAGACAGCCUGGCCUCACCCUCAGCUCAGCGGGCUUCGGGCUUUGCGCUGGCCUAAGGUGACAGUGGGGCUGGAGAAGAGGAGACUCAGGGGUGACCUUUUCCCUCUCUACAGCUACCUGGAAGGAGGGUAGAGCCAGGUGGGAUCGGGCUCUUCUCCCAAGUGAAAAGUGGCAGGACUUACUAUAGGUGCACCUCAAGGGAAGUUGAGGCUGGACAGCGGGAAGAAUUUAUUCACAGAAAGAUGAUUAGACACUGGCAUGGACUGACCGGGGAGGUAGUGGAGUCUCCAGCCCUGGAGGCGUUUAAGGACUGGACGUGGCUCUCGGUGCCAUGGUCUGGGUGACAAGGUGGGGAUGGGUCAGCAGGUUGCACCGUGUGAUCUCAGAGGUCCUUUCAAGCGGCCCUGUUCUGUGAUUCCGUGGCGGGGGCUGCGGCGGGCGCUGCCCGGGCCGGCGGGCGCGGGGCGCCGCGGGGGCGGCGCGGGGCGGAGGGCGCUGCGCAGCCGGUGCAGUGCGGCGGGCGGGCCCCGGCGGCUCCGCGGCCAUUCCACACGGCGGCACCGGCCUCGCACGGCGGCACCGCGGGAGCCGCCGCAGCCCCGCCAUGGCCAAGGAGGGAGCGCAGCGAGCCGAGGAGACGGAGCAGAUGAUCGAGAAGGAGGGCGGCAGGGAGGCUGCCGAGAGCGGCGCGGGCGGCAGCCUGCGCGCCGGGGACGCCAAGGAGAUGCGAGCCGUGGUGCUGUCCGCCUUCGGGGGGCUCAACAAGCUCCGCGUGUCCAAGAAAGCCAUGCCGGAGCCGCAGGAGGGCGAGCUGAAGAUCCGCGUCAAAGCCUGUGGUUUGAACUUUAUUGAUUUGAUGGUGCGACAGGGGAAUAUCGACAACCCUCCUAAGACACCGCUUGUUCCUGGGUUUGAAUGUUCUGGAAUUGUAGAAGCUCUUGGAGACAGCGUGAAAGGAUUUGAGAUUGGAGACAGAGUCAUGGCUUUUGUAAACUACAAUGCCUGGGCUGAAGUAGUGUGUACCCCAGUAGAAUUUGUCUACAAGAUCCCAGAUGACAUGAGUUUUUCUGAAGCUGCUGCAUUUCCCAUGAACUUUGUAACUGCCUACAUGAUGCUCUUUGAGGUUGCUAACCUGAGGGAAGGCAUGUCUGUGCUGGUUCACUCAGCAGGAGGUGGGGUGGGUCAAGCUGUUGCUCAGCUCUGUUCAACCAUUCCCAAUGUUACUGUUUUUGGAACAGCUUCAUCUUUCAAACAUGAAGCAAUCAAAAACUCGGUAACUCACCUGUUUGACAGGAAUGCAGACUAUGUUCAAGAAGUAAAAAGAAUCUCAGCAGAUGGAGUAGAUAUUGUUUUGGACUGUCUUUGUGGAGAAAAUACUGGGAAAGGCCUCAGUCUUCUCAAACCACUUGGGACAUACAUUUUAUAUGGUUCAUCUAACAUGGUUACUGGGGAGACAAAAAGCUUCUUCAGUUUUGCAAAAUCAUGGUGGCAGGUUGAGAAAGUAAAUCCUAUCAAGCUGUAUGAGGAGAACAAGGUCAUUGCUGGAUUCUCCCUGUUGAAUCUACUUUUCAAACAGAACCGAGGUGGCCUGGUCAAGGGUGUGAUGGACAAACUCCUAAAUCUAUAUAACAGUAAGAAGAUCAAGCCUGUGGUUGAUUCAUUGUGGGCUUUGGAAGAGGUGAAGGAGGCCAUGCAGAGAAUCCAUGACCGAGGAAAUAUAGGAAAACUCAUUCUGGAUGUGGAGAAAGCCCCCACUCCCCUGAUGGCCAACGACAGCACGGAGACGAGCGAGGCUGGAGAGGAGGAGGAGGACCACGAGGGCGACACGGAGAACAAGGAGCGCAUGCCCUUCAUCCAGUAGCAGCCACGGGCGGGCGGGCAGCAGGAGGAGAGAGGAGAAGGGAACCAGACUGGGAAAUCUCUUCUGUGCAUCAGUGAACAAAUGCUGUAGUACAGUGUGUGUUGUAUUUGUUUGCAGUCAGCUGAGCUAUGAGCUGUUGAUCAUUGUUGUUUUGAACUCAAGUGCCAUUCUCAUCCAGUGCAGUAUUCUGACAUUUCUGUGUAAUACCCAGGUUCCCUGUAGGAGUCCCAUGGAUUUUUUCUGUUCCUGUUUGGAAGCCUUAUUAACUUACUGUGUAAUUUUAGAUGGGCAUCUUUCUCAUGCAAAUUUCAACAUCUUGCAUAAAGUUAUUUGGGAAGUUUGGGCUUUUUUUGCAAGUUGGAAACAGUAAAAAAAAAUCCCCACUUGCUGUCUGAAAGAUUCUAGUAACUGGAGGGAUAAUUUUAUAUUUCUGGAUUUUCAGUGUUAAAAUAGUUUUCCUUUAAUGAACCACAAAUAAAAGUUGCAACAAAGAUUACUUUUUAUUUUCCUCAGUCAUACUUCAUCAUUUCACAAGCAGGCCUAUCUUCAUUUUCAAAAGUACCUCAUCCAGAAUCAUGGAAUCUGAAAUUGUGCAAGAAAUCAUUAAUUGAGAGGCUUUGAUCAACAUCUUCUGGUAAGGACACAUUGACUUAUAUGUCAAAUUCAAACCAAUUUUAAAUUUCAUUUUUCAAUUGCAUUGGUAAGGAUCACUUAUCAGGAUGUGAAAAGAAAUUUGGUGAUGGAGUUUAUUGCUCUGAAAUUGCUAAUAUGUGGUCAACAGUCAGGCUGAGGCCCAACUCCUGCAGAAGUUAUCUGUGUAAAAAAUCCUUAAUCCCACCACAAAUCAUGUACAGGGAUAACUUCUAUCUAGGUGAAUUGUUCUAUCAAAAACUCUGUUCCAUAUGUACAGUUACAUUUAUAAUUAUUUACAGGAUCAAGUAUUCAAAGACCAGCUAGUCUUAUCUACCUCCCACUAGUGGAAACUGUAUCUAAACAUGAAAAAAUAAAUAUUUUUCCACGUCCUUCACCUAUCCAAACAGCAGCUACUCAGGUCCUCAACUGUCUUGUUAAAACAGUUAUUUUAAAAUUACUGUGAUCACCUACAGUAGAAAUGCUGAAGGACUGGCAGAGACCUUGCAUAAUGCCUACAGCUUCCAAUUAAUAUUCUGUUUUUUAAAAGAAAGUAUUUACCCAGACAUGAUUAGUUGUUCACCUAAAUCUACCUGUAGCAUGUUAUGAUAGAAGUUAAAAAUUAACACAGAAAAAUGAAAAGUGGGGGCUUCUCAGGCUUUUCUCAAUGUGAGAGGAUUUCUGGGUCUGGAUGACUUUUAUGUGUGGUUUUAGAAGAUUCUCGUGAGGUUUUUCCUGUUUGUUUGGUUUUGCUGCCUGAGUAUUAAUGUCCAUCUCUUUACACUGUACUCAUGAAGUCACUGUCAGAUCAUUGUGCAGAUGGUUCAUUCUGAAGGAGUUCCCCUUGGGUUGAACAAAUUCAAAAAUAACAGCAAGAACUAACUGUGGAGAAAAAUGCCAAAAGCUUUUGAACUAUUGAUCCAACCAGAACUUCAUUUUUCUCUUCAUUUCAUUAUAGUUGAGUUUAUUUUCAAGCUGGACUUGCCUGUACUUCCAGUGCCAUUUCAGGCCGAAACAAGGACUUUAUCUACAGAAGAAAAUAUGUAUUCAGUGAGAGUUUUCCAUUUAUUGGGCUUGCCAGUUGGACUUUUAAGAAGGGCCAUUAGGUUUUCAUGACUCAUCAGCUGACAGCAGUAGGAAACAUGCCCAAUUUUGUUUUGCAGCUAGUGUAAUGAUGUUGUCCUGCAACAGACCUUAACAUAACUAGGAAUUUUGAUUUGACGCCAAAGUGAGCAAUAUUGCUGGUGACCUUCGAGCUGGCAGUAAGUGGCAUUCUCAAGGCCUUAAAUUAGUAGGGCAAGCAGAAUAGCAAACCCAUUCUUCUGUUCUAAACCACAGUCUGGUGGGCUCUGCUUCUAAAUUACCCUGCAAGACAAAUAUGGGUGAUCUUGGUCAUGGCCACAGACACCACAGGGACAACAAUCACAUAAUUUGGGCUAGUUCUUUCUGGUUUUGUUAGCAAGGCAAAAAAUACUCUCCAUGCUAAUUCAUACCGAUUUUAGGGCCAUUUUCUGAUCAGCAGAAUAUCAGGAAAUUGCAGUGAGUACAAAGGAAUACUUCUGGAAGUACCUGCGUGCAACACAGCUGAGUGUGUGUCCAUCAGCAAGCCAAACUCUGCUCUGUGUUUUACUGCUGUCAAUAAGCAUGGAGAGAGGUUGCUGCUGAAAUGAAAGGAGGUGUUCCAGGCAUCCAUUCUGGGAGCAGGAUGUGUGCUAGCAGAAUUUGGCCCACGAGCCCUCAGUACCUUUCAGGAGAGCACAGGCAGUAGUAUCACGCUGGCAGGGGCGGCGGCCGUGCUGUUCAAACUGGUGAAGCCAAGGCUUGUCACUGACCAAGUCUUACUGUAGCAGAAAUGAAGGGUUGUGCUUACUACUGACAGUGUUGUUUAAACAACUCUGAGACAAUUGGAUAGUUUCUUCAAGUGAAACAAAUUAUUUCUCAAUUUGCCUUAAAGGAACUGUGAAAGCUUCUUUAACUUAAGCCUGAUUGAAGUGAACUGAAACACUGUUUAAUUGUAUUUGUUGCUUUAGAGCUUUUGUUAUAUUGUGCCUACAAAGCAAAUUAUGUUUACACAAAAAUAUAAAUAAAAUG